GUUUGAGAAGGAGAAAGCAAAGCCAACAGCCAACAGCCAUUUCUUUGUGCCUCUCCACUGAUCAACUUGGAGAGAGAGAGAGAAAGAGAUAGAGAUAGAGAUAGAGAGAGAGAGAGAGAGAGCCUGUCUGCUCCGUUUCGAGAGCUCUGGACGUAGAGAGAGAAACACUGCCGGAUAGAGAGAAAGGAAGAAUAAAGAAACAUAGAGAGAGAGAGAGAGAGAGAGAGAGAGCAGCGUCUGUGUGGUUGUGUGUGUGCUCCUGUCCUAAUACUUGGGAAGCGGACACAGACAUGGAAUUACGCGGUGUGCUGCCGGAAAACUACCUAAUUUCCGGUCGUUGACCGGUCAACAAACUCCCUCCCCUAAAACCCCCCCACCUACCCACGGCUUCCCCCCUCCCCCCCCGGCGAGGGUUUGGUUUUGGUGAAGACAAACUUCUCCUCGACUCCAAGUCAUGGGCGAAAACGGCGUCCUCCGGCUCCCCCACGGCAGCUUGGACCCCCGGGCUCAGGAGUUCCGGCCGAGGCUCAACCCCAUGCACCAGCCCCAGCCGACUACAACCGCUCCCCCCGCCCCCUUCUUCGGGACACCUCCCCCGACGGUGUACUACCCCUACGCUGCCCCCUACGUGCCCUACCCGGCCCCUCAUCCUCCCCCCGCGCCGGCGUUCGCGGCUUCCCCGCUGCUGCCGCCCACCGGCACCGCCACCCGGGCGCUGGUCCUGAGCUCGGUGCCGCCUGACGUCACCGAGGCGGUCGUGAGGCGGGACAUGGCUGUGUUCGGUGAGGUGAGGGCGGUGCAGAUGGAGAGGCUGGCCCACGAGGGGACCGUGACCGUACAUUUCUACGACCUCCGCCACGCGAGGAGGGCCCUGAGGGAAAUUCGGGAGCAGCAUAUGCAGCAGCAGUGCCGCGUAAGGGACCACUACGGCGGCACCAUCGUCGGGGGCCUGCCGCACCCGCCUUCUGCCCACGGGCUUGUUGCGGGGCGGGCGGUGUGGGCCCAGUUUAUUAUCGCUGCAGCGAACUCCAUCCCAGACGGCCAAAAUCAAGGGACCAUCGUCAUCUUCAAUCUCGACCCCGACGUCUCUCCUGAUUCCCUCAGACAUACCUUCGAGGCCUUCGGCCCGGUCAAGGAAUUGAGGGACACCCCUUACAAGAAACACCAGAGGUUCGUGGAGUUCUAUGAUGUCCGGGAUGCUGCCAAGGCCCUCCGGGAGAUGAACGGCAAGGAUAUCCACGGCAAGAAUGUCAUUAUCGAAUUCAGCCGCCCGGGUGGCUACAGCCGCAAGUUCCUCAACUCCGGAGGCUCAUGCAUGACCGUCUCUAAAACCCCAACACAGCCUCCACUGCCACCUCAGGCGCAACCGAUGCUGCCUCAUCCGAUGAUAUUCCCCCAGACAGUGGUGCACCAACUCCCUCAAGCGAAUGAGGUCCCGAUCGAGGCCUCGAUGUGUCGCUUGAGCCUGGGGUUCGAGGGCGGGAACGACAGUAAUUAUAAUGAGGAGAGUGAGGUGGGUUCGAAAAGGCAACUAUUAGGACCGGUUUUCAAGAAGAGCGGUAGUGGGAAGAAGAAGCACGGAAAGGUCGUGAGUGAUGCCAAGCAGCAGCAAAGUCGGGGCAGCAAGCCGUGGAAGAGUCGGCAAGGGAGGAAGUUGGACAGCCGGUUCGUCAUCAGCGACGAUGCUAUUGGGGAAUCUGGCAAUUCCGGGGAUUCCAGGACCACGGUGAUGAUCAAGAACAUUCCCAAUAAGUACAGUCAGAAGCUGUUGUUGAAUAUGCUGGACAACCACUGUAUAAACUGUAAUGAGCAGAUCGGGGACGAAGACAGUCCCGAGCAGCCCUUCUCAUCGUAUGACUUCGUCUACCUCCCGAUUGAUUUCAACAACAAGUGCAAUGUCGGAUACGGGUUCGUGAACAUGACCUCGCCGCAGGCUGCAUGGAGGCUGUACAAGGCCUUCCAUCUCCGGCACUGGGAGGUCUUCAAUUCCCGCAAAAUUUGCGAAGUCACCUACGCUCGGAUUCAGGGUUUGGAAGCGCUGAAGGAGCAUUUCAAGAACUCGAAGUUCCCGUGCGAGAUGGACCACUACCUUCCGGUGGUGUUCUCGCCACCUCGGGACGGGCGGCUUCUGACCGACCCGCAGCCUGUUGUCGGCCAGAGCUCCCUGAGUAAGCAGCUGCUUCAGCCGCUCCCAGUGGAAGCCCGCAACAACGACGAGAUGGACAGCCAAGAUGGGCUGGAGAAUGACCAUGGCAAUGACCACGACGACCACGGCCGCUUGCUCGUUGGAAGUUCAAACGGCGGCGACAGUGGUGAUGGUGAUGAUGUUAAGGAUGGUGGGAGUGAGGUGAUGAGGUUCAGUUAAUUGAUGCAAAAGCACUUAUUUUUGGGUUGACAGAUGAAAAGGGCGGGAAAGGAUAAAAGACUGAAGUGAAGAAGGGUCAAGGCAUGGCCCAAUGGGGUGGCAUCGUUGAGGACUGAGCCGCCGCAGGCCGUCGGCGGUAUUAACACCAGCCUAUAUAUGAUAUCCAUAUGGCCUAUACUACUCAGGUAAUGUUAGCUGGUCGAUCAGACCCUCCGUCACACUCCAUUAACUCUCUCUUUUAUGUCUGAGCAUUUUGGUUUCUUUUUUGGUUUUCUUUUUUUUUUUUGGGUUUAGGUGAAAAAUGAUUUUGUAAUAUUUUGGGAAACCAAGGAGAAAGAAGUGGGGGAAAAUAUGUGUAAGUGGUGUUUAUGUCUCGUUGGUAACCAAAAUCGAAGUUCUUCUUUAUAUUAACUAUGAAGUAAGUAAUUUUGAAAUUAAUUUGUAGACUUCCAGAGACAUUUGUUUAUUCGUUUUUUUUAAUAUUUAAAUGAUAAUAUAUAUGUGUGUUUUGUGCAUGGAUAUGUAUUGGAAACA